AUGAAUAGGAAGGAUAAAUUGAAAUCUUCCUCAUCAAUGAGAAGUAUCAUAUCGAAUUCAUCAUCAAUCACAGGUAUAUCAAAACGUGAGAAAUAUGUUCAGAAUAUGGAAGCACUAUUAAAAAAUCCCGAAUUUGCGCUCAAUGAUGCAUUACAGAAAUUAAAUGCUGAAGAAUG